CCAGCAGCAGCAGCAGCUCUCGCUCUCUCUCUUUCUCUCUUUCUAAAGGCGGAAAGAAAGUGUGCAGUCUGCUGCUGUCUGGCCGCACUGCAGUGUGGUAACUCAGUCUGGGCGACUCUAAACCAGAGAAAAGUGGAAACGAGUGAUUAGAGAGUUUCCAGCUCUGCAAAAGCGCGACUAGUUCUGACUAAACUAUUGGGAAAAUGGCCUUCUCCUGAGGAGAAAGUUCUUCUUCUUCUUCAAUGUGACCUGACCUCCUGCUCAUGGCACCAACCCUACAGGUCCUAACUCAGAGCUAGGCCUUCACCCCAUGUUGUUGCUACCAUGACCAGUGAAGGCUCGGAUGGCUAUUUUAUCUCCUUCCUUCUGGACCCCCGCGAAGAGGUCUCUGUGUGGCUCACCAGCCUGCACUUAUCUCAGUACGCCUCCAGCUUUUCCCAGGCUGGAUACCGCACCUUGGGAGACUGCAAUGGGCUGACCGAGGAGAGGCUCCUUGCCAUUGGCCAGUUUCCCACAGGCCACCGGCGGAGGAUCUUGCGCAGCCUGGAUGUGCUCAUGGUGGGAUGUGAUGAUGGAAAAGGAUCUGAAGGGAGGAGGAAGCCUGUUCCUUGUCCUAGGAAUAUUUUUCUUAAGGAUGGCAAAAGAGUUGUACAAACUCAACAGGGAAAUGAAGCUAUUGAGAACAAAACUGUUGCUGUAACAAAGAGCCUCCCUGCAAGAACUCAUGAAGAGUCAAUGCCAAGGAGUAUCCCAAAAAAAGUGGCGUCCUCCGGCUCCAGCUCCGCCUCUUUGCACAGCAGCAACGAAUCACUGUCGCUUUCCUCGCACUCUUUACCUUCUGACUGGGAGAACUCUGAGGAGCCCCCAGCUUCAGAGGAUGCUCCUGAAGGGUUUCAGGGUGUGAUGGUGGAUAACGACAUAUAUGAGAGCACUCACACUUUUAAAGGGUCUGGACCCAGGCAAACGCGUUCUUACAAGUUACGACACAGGCCAGUGCCAGAGAUUCCAGAAUCCACCUUCAUACCAUCACAUGACUGGAAAACCAGCAUGGAGCAGCAGAAGCAGCAGAGUGGGCCUGAAGCCCCCAGUGGCCCAAGCAGCAGAGAGAAAGACCCUCAUCAAAGGACAUCUUCUCCCAUCGAUCCCUACGGCGAACUUUACCUUUACAACAACAACAAUGCAGAAGACAAACAAGAUGUUGUCACCAAUGAAACAUUCAACGUAAAGGAGAAGCAGAAGAAGACGAGGAAGCAGCAGACCAAGCAGAAACAGAGGGUGGCGGAGAGCAGGCGAAAAUUUUCUCAGCAGCACACCGCUGCACACAACGAUGACGGCUACUCUAUGAUUCAGUCGUGCCCACCCAAUCAAGAGAAGACGUCAAGUGAAACCUCCUCAAAUCCUGCCACCUCACUUAAAAUCUCCCUACAGACUCCGCCCAAACUGACCGGAAAUCAGCCACUGGUGAAUGCAAGUGACAUCUACAGCGAGCCACUGGACACGCUCUCUGGACUGGUAAAACACACCCUUCCCGACCACAGCGAAUCAGCCAUCUCGCCAUACGCCUGCUACUACGGAGGUCCCAAAAGUUCUGUCAAAAUGGGCUGGCUGGACAAGCUCUCGCCUCAAGGAAACUGUGUCUUUCAGAGAAGAUGGGUCAAGUUUGAUGGAGAGAAUCUCACUUACUAUAACAACGACAAGGAGAUGUACUCUAAAGGGCUGGUUCCUCUCUCAGCUGUUAAGCAGGUGCGAUCGGUAGGAGAAAAUAAGCUGGAGGUAGUCACUUCACAAAGAACGUUUGUGUUUCGAGCUGAGAAAGAAGGAGAGCGUCAGGAUUGGCUGGAGGUUCUGCAGUCUGCUCUGAAGUCCCGCUCCUCCAUUUCCCACAAGCCCAGCAAACACAGCAGCAGCAAGAGCGGCUACGUGGAGCUGCGCGGCCACAAAGGCAAAGUGUACCUCAGCCUCACGGGAACUAAAGUCAGACUCUGCAAAACAGACCAGGACUUUAACACUGGGAUGGCCAUUGCUGUAGUAGACCUGACCGCUGCCUGCGUGAAACACGUGGACCGCAGAAGCUUCGAGAUCAACACUCCUUUUAGAUCCUUCUGUUUCACAGCGGAGUCGGAGCGCGAGCGCGAGGAGUGGAUCGAGGCAGUGCAGGAAUCGAUCGUGGAGACGCUGUCCAAUUAUGAGGUGGCUGAGAAGGUUUGGUUCAACCAGUCGAACAGGAACUGCGCCGACUGCCGAGCGCCAAAUCCUGAGUGGGCCUCCAUCAACCUCGGAGUGGUCAUCUGUAAAAUGUGUGCAGGUCAGCAUCGCUUUCUGGGCUCUGGUAUCUCUCAGGUCAGAAGUUUGAAGUUGGACAGCAGUAUCUGGACCAAUGAACUUGUGGAGCUGUUUUUAGAAGUCGGUAACGAAAAUGCGAACAAAUUUUGGGCCUUCAACCUUCCACUGGAGGAGGAGCUUCACAUGGGGGCGACACCGGAGCAGCGAGCGACCUUUCAUCGCAGAAAAUACAGAGAGAGGAAGUACAGGAGAGUACUGGGAGGACUUCACAACCAAGAGGGGCUAAACCAGGCUCUCUGUGCUGCAGUGCUCCAGUCUGAUGUGUUGGUGACCAUGGCUCUGGUGUUUAGUGGUGCGGAUGUGAUGUGUGCUACUGGAGACCCUGAGCACUCCACUCCCUACCUGCUGGCUCAGAAAGGAGGACAGAGGCUGCAGAUGGAGUUCCUUUAUCACAACCAGCUCUCAGAAUUUGCAAAGCUGGAGAUGGUCGGGGACAGUGGUUUUCCAGUAGAAACUUCCUCUUUCAUGGAUGGCUUCCUCUACUGUUCAAUCAGUAUGUCCAAGAACAACCUGGACAGAAGAGGAAGAGACGACACGGCUCGGCGUUGGUGCACACUCGAGGGUGGAUAUCUCAGUUAUUAUGAUGGUGAGAGGAGUGCAACAGCCAUAGGAAGAGUGGACCUUAGAGAAGUGGUCAGCCUGGCCAUCAACAACACAGAGACCAUGACUGGAACAGGGGCAAUGUUCACCUUUGAGAUCUACCUGCAGUCUGAGAAAGUGCUCAUGUUUGGCUCGGAGACUUUGGAGGCACAAAGAGACUGGGCCCAAGCCAUUGCCAAGUGCUUUGUCCCCGUGAGGGCGGAGCCUCUGCUGAAGAAGGACUGUGAGCUUGUUGGUCGUUUGUACUACAAAGAGGGUCAUGACCUUUACCACUGGAGAACAGGGUGGUUCUGUUUGGUCGGCUGCAAACUGUUUUUUUGUCCUGAAGACAAGCAAGUGGCAGAGGGAGUUCUACAACUUAAACAUCUGCAAGAACUCACUGUCUCCACACAUGUGCAAGGAGAGGAGAGGGUCCAGGUUCUGCUGAUGGUUGAAAGUGGCAGAACCAUCUACAUUCAUGGUGUCACUAAACAGGACUUUGCUCUGUGGCACUCCGCUAUCCAGUUAGCUGCUGGGAGAGAUGGCCGGGCGCUAAGCAACCAGCAGCUGAGCAAAAAUGAUGUCCCCAUUAUUGUGGACAGCUGCAUUGCUUUUGUCACGCAAUAUGGUUUGUGCUAUCAGGGUAUCUAUCAGAAGAAUGGGGACCCCAAGCGUUCGGCCCAGCUGCUGGAAGACUUUACCCGUGAUGCUCGAAAUGUCAAACUUCGGGUUCAAGACCAUCGUUUAGAGGACGUCACGGACACGCUGAAGCACUUCCUGUCUCAGUGUGAGGAUGCGCUGUUGGCCAAGGAGCUCUACCCUUACUGGAUUUCUGCUCUGGAUGAAGAGAAUGAAGAAGACAGGAUUGAGAAGUACUCCACCUAUAUUCAGAGUUUACCCAAGAUUAACCGAUCCACUCUGGCUGCACUGCUGCAGCAUCUCUACAGGGUCCAGAGCUGUUCUCACAUUAACCAGAUGAAGGCUCAGAGUCUGGCGUGUGUGUUUUCGUCCUGUCUCUUCCAGACGGAGGGACACACAACUCCUGAGACACGCGUGGUGGAAGAUCUCAUUAGUAACUACAUUCAGCUUUUCUCUGUCAACGAAGAGCAAGUCAGGCAAAUGGAGAGAGAGAACCGCUUUAUCACAAGGUGGAAGGACACUACGUUCUCUCCAGCUGGUGACUUGAUCUUUGAGGUCUAUUUGGAAAAGAAGGAGCCGGAAAACUGUUGUUUAAUCAAGGUCUCUCCCACCAUGAGUUCUGAUGAACUGGUUGACAGCACUUUAGACCUGAAGGGCAUAGAGACGAGCUUACAGGACUUCUGGACAGCUUUUGAGGUCAUUGAGAAUGGAGAAUUGGAACGUCCAUUACACUACAAGGCGAAAGUUCUGGAGCAGGUUUUAGAGUGGAAUGCUCUGGAGGAUCCCAGCUCAGCUUUUGUGCUCAUCAGGAAAUUUCCUGGGCACAAGAUGUCCCAUUCCAACCCAGAUGACCCGAUGGAUAUCACUAAACGAGAGCAACUGAAGUUUAAAGAUGGCUCCACUAAGCUGCUUUCAGGUCACAAGUUUCAGGACAAAUAUCUCGUACUACGUGACAAGAAGCUGCUGCUGUACAAAGACGCAAAGAGUGCAAAGCCAGAGAGAGAGGUUCCUGUGGAGUCUGUGAAGUGCUACCUAGGCCUGAGAAAAAAGCUGAAGUCGACAAGCAAUUGGGGCUUCACUGUUUACACUCAAAAACAGCAAUGGUAUUUCUGCUGUGAAGGAAAAGACUCUCAGCUGGACUGGGUGAUUUCCAUUAUCAGAAGCAAGCAUGGAGGAGACUUAUGGCCUACAUGCAAAGAGAAGAGCAAGCUUUCAGUUCAACUUAGCGGCGCGGCGCACGGUUCUGCUCUCCGAGGGUCAGCGAACACAAGAAGAAGACAAAGCAAGGAGGACAACAGGAUGCUUCCCGUGAAUGCCACUUCCAAGAACUCGGCGACCUCCGAGAACUCAGCGGAGGCUGAUAAUAAGCAUAAGUCUGCGGCUCUGGAGAGCCUUUUAAAGCUUAAAGACCAAAAAGGGGAUUUGAAAUUAGGACACAAAAGAGCCACCAGUGGAGGAAACUGUCCCCCUGUCCCGAGCGACAGAACGACCUCUGAUGGACCACCUCAAAUUCCGCGUAGGCCGUCGCAUCCAGACGUGGAUAUUCCCAGCAAACUUCAACCAAAGAAACCUGCGUUUGGAUUUGCUGCAGCACAGAUGCCACAGAACCUUCUCAACGAACUGAGCUCUGUUCUCAACCAAACAGGGCGUGCUGCCAAAGAGAGCUGAAAAAAAGAAAGAAAGAAAUUCUACUUUUCUAGGUUAUACUUUUACAAAACUAGAAAUAUGUCAAGGCAGACAAGGCAGAAUGACUCAGGUAGAGCAAAUAAAGCUGUAAAAAAAAAAGAAAUAUUUAUUUCCUGCAUGUUUUGGAUGACUAAAACCAAAGCAUUACCCGGUGACUUCAAUCAACUCCAAAAGAACAUAAUCAGCAGCAUCAGUCUAUCUAGCUGUUCUAUAGAGGUGCAUUGCUGGAUGUUGUGAUGACAGAAGAAGAAAGUGAAUUAAGAGACUCAUAACUCCUAAUAAAAUAGAUGUUUUGGUAACACUUUAUAAUAACUUUCAUUAAUAUACCAUUAAUUACUUAUUAAUUACUGUUAUUUUCCACAUUUUAGAAACUAAAAAGUGGCUAUCACAUAUUUGUAAAUACUAAUGAACGCAUUGGCAACAUGAACUGCAAUUGAUAAACCUUCGCCUAGUUUUAAAAUUCGCAUUUACUAGCGAUGCAUUAAUGUUCAAAUACUGAUGAGCUAAUGAUUUGCUAACAUGUUUAAUAUGAAUAGGAGGAAUAAUAUAAAUGUGUUAGCAUUUGAUAAUAUUCAAAUUCUGAUGAACUACUGCUUUGUUCACAUCUACUGAUGAUUAGUUAAAAAUAUAUUAGUGAAAGUUGUUAUAAAGUGUUGCCGAUGUUUUUAGAUGCCUCAAAAUGACAUAAUAUGGUAAGCAGUAACAGUAGCAAGUUGAUCAUGAAGGCCCAAUCCCAUUUCACCCCUUGGCCCUACCAAUUACCACUACCCUUUAUCUUCCAAUUGGAACAGAGUAAGAGGGGGAAGGGGUGAAAUCCUACCCUCAAGAAUUGGGAAACCCUUCAAGCACCUGAUACGUCAUCAGGAGCGCUCAGUAAAGUUCAGCAACCUAGCUGCUGCUGCUGCUUAUGUAGUUAACUUUAGGGCGUAUUUUAUGGUAUGUCUUCAGAACGGGGGCAAGUGGGGCAGAAAUGAUUUAUUAUUGUCCAUUUUAAUUCCUCUGUGAUGAGGAACUGAAAUUAGCUCUGAUUUGUGUUUAUUUAAAUUUAUUUUUCCAUUUCACCUUAAAUGCUGCAGCUUCUGAUAUCUGUUGCCCUGUUUAAGGUGGAACAGAGAAGUUAGCUAGCUAAAUAGCUACUGAGACAAACUACUAGCAAUCUUUUGUUAUGGUUGUUAUAAAGAAUUCGGCCAUAAAACAUUGAAACUACACAUUAAACUAUGGUAAUAUAGUGAAAAUUGUCACUUUUAACAAGUAAAAUGCUUAAAUUUGUGGUUUUCUUUGGUCGCUUGUUCCGCUUGUUCAUCUUACCAGUGAUUCUCAUACCCCACUGUUUGAAGUGUGCAUCUGCAAAAUCUCCAUUUAAAGGGCUAACAAGUCCUAUCCCUUCCCCUAACCUAGCCCUCCAGCCUUACAAGAAUCAGGAAAUAGGUAAUUAUAAUUAUAAUAGGUAGGCCAAGGGGUGAAAUGGGAUUGGGCCGAAGUGUCCCGGCAUGGGAUAUCUUAGGAAUGUCCACUCUUGUGUAAGUUGUGAGGUGUUAUCUUCUGAGUGAGGUAGAACACUGGACAGCAUGUGUGAAUUAUCGACAGGAAUUCAAAUGAAGCCUGGUUGUUGGUGCCAGAUGGAUGGAACAUUCCGGUUCUAAAGUUUUGCAUGCAUCUAACAUUCCUCAUAGCAAAGAGGGCAAAGCACUGAGUGGGUGGUGAUGAUCGUGACUGUUUGCAUUAAAAAGUUCCAGGCUGAUGCAGCCAGACAAACGCAUUCAGUGCAGGAGGCCCCACAUGCAGGCUCUGUUGCUUCCGUUGGACGUGGCAACAAGUCAUGGAACACGAUACAGUACGACAGUGCGAGACAAAAGUUGCAGGACACCCUUUUAUUACAGAAACAAAAUAUGACUGCAUUUAUGAUGGUGGCCAUGUUCCAGAUAUAGUCUAAAAUAUAUGCCCCCUUUCUCAUUACCGUAUUUUUUGCACUAUAAGGUGCACUAGAUUAUAAGGUGCACUUUGAAUAAACGUCUACUUUUUUAUACAUAAAGUGCAUUAUGCAACACUAGUAAGGCACAUGGGUGUCUCCAUGUUUCCCUUUUAUUUUAGCAGGUCUCGCCACUGGGUGGCAAAGUUAAGUAAACAAAAUUGUAAUUCUUAAACAAGAAUACACAGAUUUCUCUCCUGAAAACUUUUUAUUUGGGUGAGUCAAGCACUUCUGUUCAUUAACAGUUUAAAGCUAAGAUUUCCAGUUUUCUACUAAGUGUGUGCAUUAGCAGCUAACCGCUAGCGCUAGCAGUGGUUAGGGACUAAUGCCAGCCAACAGCACUAAAAUGAGGAAACUUGAGUGUCCCUGAAAGCUAGGGAGAUUUUAGCUAGCGGUUCGUCCCAUGUAGCUUGUUUUAACACAAUAAACACAGGCUUCAGUCUGAUAUACUCGCCUCUGAAUGGCGAAAGAGCUAGUGCUUAGCCAUAAGGUUAGUGGCGAAUGCUAAUGCUGCUCCAGCAGUGCUAGCCAGGGUUAGCAGCAGGCUACAGGCCGAUAGUACUCGAUUCUGAACAGCGAAAGAGCUAGCGCUUAGUACAGUUACCAGGUAAUGCUGUUACUGCUGGAAAACUAAACUGAAACUCCUGUAUAAUGCUGUACUUAAGUGGAGUGGCUCUUACUGCUUCUACUGCUUUAGGUUGACUGGUAAAAUUCAUACAUAAGGUGCACCGGAUUAUAAGGUGCACUGAUGAUUUAUGGGAAAAUUUAAAGAAUUUUAAGUGGCCUUAUAGUGCAAAAAAUAUGGUAUAUGCUAGAGUACUCAAACAUGUUAUUUUCUCUUUUUCAUUUCUGACAUAAAAGGGUAUUCCGUGACUUUUGACUUUUGAUUCUGUAGUUUCUGUCCCUUGCCAUUUGGCAUAUCCUUGUAUUCCAUAGUAAAAUGUUCUUGUUUUUAAGAGUCUUGUGUCAUUACAAAAACACACAGUAUUACCUACAGACGAGUCAUUGCCUCUUUUUUUUAGUCCUGUGCUAUGCAAAUGUGAGGCAACUGUUUACAUAAUCUUAUGGCAGAUGUUCGGAGCUUAAUUUCCCUGCAUAAAUUGGGGUGUAGUUGAGGUCAGUUCAGACACUACUUUGAUAAUCAUAAACCACUGACCGGUUCAGAGUUUGUUUUAUAAUUAGUGCAUCUAGAAAUUUUACAAUCUAAGCGGCGUUUUAUCAGAAAUGUGCAAAAUCUUGUUUAAAGCCACUCUCACCAUCAGGAGAAGUAUUUCCUAUUAUACUGUUACAAUAAGCAGAAUUCCAAGUCACCCAAGACCAUUUAAUAAUAAAUACACUUCUGAGAGGGUAGGCAUGGGCUUUUGCUGCCCAGUUUACUUUAAAUAUUUAUCAGCAGCAUUUUUAUGUAGAUGAAGCAUCACUUAGAUGCUGCCUGCAUUUUGUAUUCUUUUCAAAUAUUCUAAUCCUGCACUUAAGGAUGUUGUCAAAACCUGUAAUGUAUUGUAAGACUCUGUGAGAUUGUAUAAAUAAAUGAAGCUAAACGUU